AUGAGAGGACAUUUCUCCAUCGAGUGGAUGGCUCAGAGCAGCCAGUCAGCCGGGCCUGCGGCCCCCGGGCCCGCGGCCCCCGGGCCCGCAGCCUGGGGGACACAUUCAGAGACUCUGCCUGGUUUUUACUGCAGACAAAAGUCUGGAAGUUUCCCUGAACUGGAGCAGCGAGACAAGCAUCAAGGCCUGGACCCGUCCCACCAGAACAGUCCGUCCCGAACGUCCUCCAGCGUUCAAGUGACGGAGAGCGGCUUCAGCAGCGGGACAGAGGAGGAGACCUCUGGCUACGAGAGCGAAGGGGGUCAGGUCCUGUCACCCUCCACCCACUCCAACUGCACCCCCACGUCGCCACCAUCACCACCAGUGGGCAGGAGGCAGCGGACGGCGUUCACAGCCGAGCAGAUGAACAGCCUGGAGAGGAUGUUCAAGAAAAACGUGUACCUGGGAACCCAGGACAAGAUGGAGCUCUGCAAGAAGCUCAACCUGUCCGACAAACAGAUCAGAAACUGGUUCCAGAACAGGAGGAUGAAGAUGAAGAGGAUGGUGCAGGACGCUCUGGCUCACGCCUGCCAGGCCAACAUGGCCUCUUGCUUCCUGCAUUACCCUGAGCUGCAGGUCUACCGUCCGGGGCCCUACCCUCGCUAUCACGCUGCAUCAGCUGAGGCCCCCACCUCCUACAUUCAUCCUCACAGCCUUCAGUACACUUCUCCUCUGCCCAGCACCUCCACUUUGUCCCUGGACUCCUACCAGUACAGCAGUAUCCCAGGAGCCAUGCCUCAUGUCAGAGGAGCCUACCCCCACCCUCAGUAUUACUGA